AUGAAGCCAGUUAACGAGGAGGUCACCCGCCAAUUGGUGGCCAUGAUCACCCAGGAAGCCAAGAGCCCUGGUCUAAACAAGGCAGAGCAAGCCGAACUCAUCAUGGCUUGUAUUACGAUGGCCAUGGUGGUGUUGAAUUUUUUUCUAGUAGUGCAACCCCAUGAUGCCGGGGUUUACUGGCUUGAGGCCACCUUAUUUCGCAUUAUCUCCAAGAUCAUACGUAUCUUCGACAGCGACUUUGAAUGGAGAAAUGUUCGCGCAAAAGUUGAGGCAAUGAUUAAACAGAAACUUGAGGCACAUCAGCUAAAAGUUCUCCAACACCUCCGGGCAGGCCAAGAGGAGAACCUGCACUUCUUCAAGAAUGCCUGGCAGAGCUAUAGCAAUGCAACGGGCGAGGCUAAGAAAAUCCAGGGCACGGUUCUCCUGAGUUCUUACAAUUCAAUGAUCACGGUUCUACGAUCGAACAUACAUCACUGCAAGAUUGACGACUACGCUGUGGCGGGCCUUUUCGAGUUUGCCGCUACUGCCAAUAUACACGUCAUCUUGCUCGGCGUGGGCAUCGCUCAUGGUAAAUCAUGGGGGUUUCCACAGGAAUACAUCGACAAUGUCAUCAGGGUCGAGUUCAACCGCGUGACAGGCUUGGGUACCCGGGUUCCUGCCAUCCCACGAAACGUCACUCAGUCUGGCAAUAGCACGGUAGUCGCACGAGCCGUUAGGUUUGGCAACAGCACGGUAGUCGCACGAGCCAUUGGGCUUGGCAACAACACGGUACACUCACGCGCCAUCGAGACUAGGAACAGCAAGAGAAUCCAACGAGGUAUCGGAGAGGCAUUGCAGAUGCGACUGCUCUUGGAUGCCAUCGAGAAGGGCGAGUCUGAGGGGUUGUCCGAUACCUUGAUAGGGUCAUGGAAGGACGCGUAUUCGACGAUGAGUGUCGCGUCUCGUCAGGUCUUGUCUAUCCGCGACGGCGAAUACGAAGACUACCCGACCUACGUACACAGGAUAUACCGGCACGGCCGCACGCUGGUGCCCAGGCGAAAGCGAAAAGAAAAGCUGAACGGCCACAAGCUCGCCGCAGAACUGCGCAGGUUCGCCGACUACGAUGCCAUUCUGACGCAGUACGCUCUGUCCUACUCCGAGUACUGGCCCUACCUCACGGGCGAGUUCCAGGUGCCGCCCGAAGUGUUCCGUCGGGCGGACCGCGAAAUCUUCUCGGGGCCGUACGCGCUCGGCUCGGACUGGGUCACAUGGAGCAAAGAUCGGGAGCCGCCCCUGACGGACCGCAGCGGAAACCUGACGUCCAUCCUUGUGCGCAGCAGCGUAAACAUUGACGGCCUGCAGACGAGGGCGGGCAUGUUCUGGAACAUGCACACGGGCUCCACGACCAAAGGCAUCCCCAACCUCAUCGAGCUCGCGCCCGGCCAACUCGUUCAUAAUGUCGACCUGACCUGGGGCGACAAGAUCGGCACUCUCAGGUUCGAUACCUACAACUAUCGGACGAACGAUUCCCAGUCAUACGGACCCUAUGGAUCGCGCCUCCACGCCAUGACGCCGUCAAAGAAGAAGGAGGAGGAGAAGAAGAAGAAGAACAAAGUCGACCACACCAAGGGCUCGGUGGCCGUCAAUCGCACCGGCUAUGCUCUGUCCAGCAUAUUUUGCACCAAAUGGUCGGAAAGCUCGGAUAGCGGGUGCGAGGGCGUUGCCUUUGGCUGGAGACCUAUCUUCCUUGCCGCCGAAACCUAUAAUCUCGCUACAACUUGA